AUGAAAUUUAUUUCCUUCGCUUCUGUUUUCAGUUGCCUUCUUUCGUUUACCCUUGCCAGCCUUCCUAAACUUCCUAAUAAAGGAAAUGCGAUAGUUCGCACAUCAUCAAAAUGCGAAACUCCUAAAAUAAAAAUAGGAUGCGAUGUUCACUUUAGUGCAAAUCUGAACAAUUUAAGGAAUUGUCCUAUCGGCUCAAAAGCAUGGCCUCUAAUGUUUCCAUGGGAAGUCAAAUAUCAAAUGGCGGAUGGAAAAAGACUACCAGAACCAAAUCCGAAGAAUUUGACAAAUCCGGUUCCACCUGAUGGUUAUGUGCGAAGUGUGUAUACUAUUAAUGGAAAGACUCCCGGUCCAACUAUUUAUGCAAUAAAAGGAGAUUGGGUUUUGAUUCCUGUUACAAACAAUAUUAAGAAAUCUAUUGAGGGUGGUAAAAUUCAACCAGAAUUACUUACCAUUCAUUGGCAUGGUAUUACCAUGAGAGCUAAGGAGAGACAAACGCCACCAAACGAUAGCGAACCACUGGGGACUCCAUUCAUGGACGGUGUACCGGGCAUCAAUCAAUGUCCUACUCCUGGAUUCAAUGAUACGCAAAAUAAUAGAUUCGAUUACUUUUUCCAAUUUGUAGAUAGUGGGACAUUUUGGUAUCAUUCACAUUAUGAAGGCCAACAUGGAGAUGGUCUUGUUGGUUCUAUGAUCGUUAAAGACUGUAAAGAUGCCAAACGAUUCGGUUAUGAAGAAGACGACGAUUGGAAUAACAUCAAUAUCGUUAACGUCCAAGAUUGGUACCAUGACACGACCGAUGAAAUACUUGUGAAGUAUAUGAAUGCUUCUGAUAUACCACCAGAAGCGACACAGAGUUCUGGGUAUGCUUUUCCAAGUGAGUUUCUUCCGGAUACUGGACUUAUUGGUGGCACAAUCUUUAGUAAUACAAGUGAAAUUAAUAGACCUUAUAAAAUAUACAACUUUACUCAGAACAAUACUUAUCGUCUUCGUUUAAUCAAUAUGAGCCUGAUGUCGAUGUUCCUCUUUUCAAUUGACGAUCAUGAAUUUGAAGUUAUUGAGGUUGAUGGAAUGUUAGUUCAACCCCAAUUAUUCAAACGAAUUCCCAUUAAUACAGCACAACGAUAUUCCAUUCGUGUUAAAGCUAAUCAAUCAAUAAGUAAUUAUUGGAUGCGUUUCGAUUAUCUCGGAGAUUGUUAUAGGGAUGGUUUUCCUCCUGAAGAAAGUCCAAAAGCCAUUGUUCGUUAUAAUGAUGCGGAUGAAAUAGAUCCGGAAACGGAACCGCACGAUGAAGACAUACUAAAAUGCACGGAUUUAAAUGUGACUGCAUUAACUCCUUUAUGUGAUAAGACACUUGAUUAUGUUCUAUUUUGUGAUUAUAAACCUCCGUCGGUAAUAGAUUACGAUUUCACCAUGAAUAUAAUUAUGGAUGCUUGGAAAGAACCGAGACAAUAUGACAAGGAUGAUGAAUGGGAACAAUACUUUUUUGGCUACAUCGCAGACCGAGCACACGGCGAAGCUCCUUAUGCUGAGCACCAUUAUAGCAAUGUCUUGGAUAAUACUCUCUUGGAUGUAUUAAAAGUUAAAAAUAAUGGAAAUAAACCGUGGAACGCAACCAAUAAUGCUUACAAUCUAGUCAAAAGAGGUGCCACCGUCGACAUAUUAUUCAAAAGUGCUGACACAAUGGAACAUCCAAUUCACUUGCAUGGACAUUUCUUCUAUGUUCUUGGGUGGGGUGACGAAACAACUAAAAAUAUGAUCAACGAGAGUUCAUUGAAUCUA